AUGGAUGGGUCGCAGAUACCGGCACAUAAGUUUAUACUGAGCUCGUGCAGCGUGUACUUUAGCGGCUUAUUUGAUGGACAGCGAUCUGUUACGCGUAUGGGCGGGCUCCUAUAUGUGGUUCUGCCUUCAGAAAUAUCCACGAAAGCCCUGAAGAUUCUGGUUGAAUACAUGUAUAAAGGUGAAACAACUGUCUCCAAUGAAGUAUUAGACAUAGUAUUAAAGGCUGGAGAAGUGCUAAAGAUCAGGGGUUUGUGGAGGCAAACAGAUGAAGUUGGAGGUGAUUCUACACCUGCUGAAAAGACAAGUACAACUCCAGCUAAGCAACCUGAAAAACCAAAGGAAACAAAAUUAGUUAAGAAGGAUGACAAAGUUCUCAAGACAUUCAAUCCCUUACAAGGACAAGGAGGAAGACCAAUGUUCAUAGGCCCACCGAAACUUGUCUUUAUUAAAACAACAGAUGGCACAACACAGGCAGCUAUACGACCAAGUGUCCCAGGAACAAAGGGGCAAACAAUAUUAGUCACUCCUGCCCCUAACACUGAAACAACCACAUCAACAAUAACCAUGCCAACUCCGACCAUUACUUUAUCUGCUGAGGACCAUGAAGAGGCAAUACCAGCCAGAGUGUUAAGGCGAAAUGCAGUUGAGAAGAAAUAUGGUAAGAAGCAGAAGAUGGAUGUAUCUGAGGACCAAAAGGAUGAGGAUACAAGAUCUGUUAGCUCAAAAAAAUCCAGUCAAAGCAACUCAACCGUAGAAGUUCAAGUGAAGGAAGAACCAGAUUGGGAUGCCAGCAGUAUAGAAGAAGAAGAAAGGUCUAUAGCGGAAAUGUUCCAAGCUGAAAUGAGCGUUAAGUCUGAACCGUGCGAUGAUGUAGAUGUUGACGAGGAAGGUUUGCUGUAUAGUCCGUUGUCUUGCGAGUUGUGCGCCGAAGUGUUCACGGUGCCAGCGGCGUGGGUCCGUCACGUGCAAGAACAUGCCGACAACGACCAGGAACACGCGAGGAAGAGGAAACGACGAUCUGACAGUGACGACACGGAAGAGACAACAGCAUUACUACGGUGUGACCUCUGUCAGAAGCAUUUCCCUAACCCGGCUGAAUGGGUUCGGCAUAUUCAAAGUACCCACACCGAAACAGAAUUGGCCUUAUCAAACAACAGUCUACCACCAAAACGUCACAAUCGUUUCACAGACGGCGAGCAAAACAAGACGUGUGACAGUUGCCACAAGACCUUUCCGUCGCACGCGUCGAUGCUAAUACACAUGCGCACGCACACAGGUGAACGUCCGUUUGUCUGCGGCAUGUGCAACAAAGGGUUCAACGUGAAGUCGAACUUGCUUCGGCAUCUGCGCACUCUGCACGACCAGGUGGUGAGUCCCACGCACUUUGACGAGCCCGGUCCAUCGGAGCUGAAGCGAAGAGGACGCGGCCGUCCGCCUCGGUCCGCCGCGUACCCCAUAGCGGUGACCGGCCGGCGUGCGGCCAGCAAGAAGCAGGAUACUUCCACGCUGAGGAAACAGAGCUACUCUCUCUUUCUGAAACAGCGCGCCGUCCUCUUCUCCGCUAAGAAAUGGAAAUAG